GAAAACACACUUCCAGUUCCUACUGAAGUGUUAGAACCAUAUCUCUCUCCAUAUCUCUUUGCACACCACUCACUGUCAGCAUGUCUGCUGUCUGGCUUAAGCUCAUGACCAUCCUUUGUCUCUCCUGCACAGCCCAGAGUGACCCAGAAGGAAGCAGUGUGGUAUGGAAAAGAUUUGGAGAAGCCAUCACAAUCCAGUGCAGGCCCUUUCAAAAAUCAGAAGAGUACCUGACUUUGAAGAUGGGUCUCAGAGAGGAGUUUCAAAUUAUUCAUACGGAAAAUGAGUCAAAAAAAGUUGUCAUUGCCCCACCAUUCAAAGAAAGAGUUCAGAUAAAUCAAGAAUUUGCCAACGUGGACAUUUUCAUCAAAAACUUGACCUCUAACGACACAGGACCCUACUGGUGUGUGUACAAAAAGUUUGACGUAGUUUCGAGUCAGAUCGUAGAGACGAAAGGCAACGGAUCUGUCCUCCUGGUUGUGACAGAGAACCAGGAGUGUGAAACACCAAAUCAGUCUCAUCUUGGUUCCUCGGUCCUGUUGCCUACUGUAAUCUCUGCUGCCUUGCUGCUCUGCGUCAUCAUGGGUGCCCUCAUAUGGACCUUCGUCAAGACCCAGACUUUGCACACCUCAGUGAAACCAAGGCGCAUCACCAACAAUGAUGUUUAUGAGGACAUGCGUGGUGCGGUCAGACACUGAAAAUGUCAGCCUGCAAGCAACCAACCGACCCGAAACUCCACAAACUCUGCACCACUAAGGUACAAGUGAUGCAUGUGAAGCGAUGUAGCAACUCAGCAUGUUCUCCAGCAUACCCUGAUAGGUCUGCAGGCUUUGUGUGUGCCAGAGUAUGUCAGCAAAGGACAGUUACGGCAAUAUGGUGCCUGAUUUGCACGGUUUGGAACAGUGUAUAAAAUUACAUAACACAUCUCCACUAUUAUGAAAGUAGUAGAGAGGCACAAAUGUUGCAGUUUGUCUUGUUUUUCAGUGGAAAAAUAAUCAAAAGUGGAUUGUACCUUUUGAUGCAAUGUAGAGUCCUGGUUGAAAUUAUUGACACCCCUGAAUUUUAAGUACAGAAUUUAGAACAUCUUCAGAAAAAACAUGCAAAUUAACCAAUUU